GUAUAUAUUCAAGAAAAAAGACCAGAGAAAGCAGACAGAGGUCGACUGAGAUAAUACACAUAACAUUCUGUGGGAAAGUGACAACAAGAAGAUAAAAGAACCCAAAAGAAAGAAAUAAACAUGUAUUUGGAGAGGAAAGCACAGUUGCUGGUUGUUCUGGGCUUAGCGCUGGUUUUUAAAGGUGGUGAAUGUUGGCAUGAAGUGUUUGUGGCAUACGGUGCUGUAGCUGUGCUGCCAUGUGUGGAUGAGCUCUCUGAAAUCUCACAGCCUAAUGCAGUCUACUGGAGCAGGAUAGUUGAUGAUGUGCAGAAGACAGUUUGGCGGCGAGAGAAGAGUGGGUUAGAGUUUCGACCAGUGAGACACCCGCCACGUGCUCGCUACCCCGUUCCGAACUUUGGAAAGGAGGAUUACAGCCUUCACAUCACUGACAUUACAGAUGAAGACGGAGGAAUGUAUUUCUGUGAGGUGAAGGGAAAGCUUUUGAUGAGAAAGGACAUCAUGCUCAGAGUUAUUAAAGUGUCCUUUUCUCCUGUCAUUGUGGUGGAGGGCUCAAGGGUGGAGGUGACAUGCCAUAUCAGUCCUGAGCCACAAAUUGGAACAGUCAGCAAGAAAAUAAAUGGCAGUUUAACAAGUAAAGUUGUCCUCCAUAAUGUCUAUCAAAAACAUGCAGGAAACUUGAGCUGCCAAGUUUUAUACAGAGGUGUAUCAGGAGAGGCAACUGCAUCCCUACAGGUCAAAGGAAUCUUAUCCCCGCAGGACGACUCUUCAGUGGUGUAUGCCGCAGUGGGCAGCUCCGUCUCCUUGCCCUGUGUCUUUACCGAGGGUCCAAUAGCAAACACUGUAACCUGGCAGAAAAUUUCCAAAACAAAACACUCCUCUCUUCCACUCCCAUCAUCUUUCAACCAGUCUCUUGGGUCUGCAGUGUCCUACCCUUCUUGGGACAGAUCAGCAUGGAUAAAGAGAGUGGAGGAAGGAGAUGAAGGGAUAUAUACAUGCUCAGGAAUGAUGGAAGGAUCAAAUGGAGGGAGAAUGAAAGUGGAACGAAGGAUGCAGCUGGUUGUUACUCAAGUUCGAAGCUCCUCUGCAUCAAGCAGUUAUGGACCUGUGACCCUGACGUGCCAACUCAGCGACUCCAGUUUCAUCACUUCUUAUGAAUGGCUCCGUGUGACCUAUGGAAUAAACAACACUCAGACGCUGACCUCUGUGAAAAAGUCAAAGGAACCCAGGAUUCAAAAAGUGACAGAAAAAGACAUGGGUGGAUGGGUGUGUCGAUACUACGGGAAGCAAGGUGUUCUGGGGAACAUAACUUAUCAACUUCACAUGAUGAGUGCUCUAAUGGGUGAAAGCAAGUCUAGUUCUGGAAACAAUGUGCCUAUGGUGAUGGGAUUAGGAUUUUUGUUCUUGGUGAUAUUCCUGAUUUUGCUGCAGAUGUACAGAAAUUAUCGCAGGAAGAAGAUGAUCCUUCUUUACCCAGCAAUGGAAACAAUUGUCCAUCAUGCCUCCACUGAACGAGAGCGGAGAGAGAGGUGCAAGGCAAAAAUCAACGAAGCUCUCGGUGAAGAGCCGAAAUGAGUGUGUGUAAAUGUGUUUUUUCAUACAGUUUGUGUAAAUGGAACACACCUUUGUGCAUUACUCUAUGUGAAACUGUAUGUGGAUGUAUGUGUGUUUGUGAUGCAGACUAUUGUAGCAGGCCACUUAAACUGUAAAUAUGUUAUGGACAUAUGUAACUGGUCAGUCAUUUUGAACACUGUUACACAUAUAAAUGGAUACAUUUUGUAUGAACUUAU